UGGCGCUGUACCUAAGCCACUCGGCCCUGUACAGGCGGCAACGAACACACACCCAGAAGCGAACGUCAUCUCUGAUCAACAGCGCAUCUCCAGGCCUGCUUCAGACACAUUGUCGAUAUCACAGUUCCGGAGUGCAUAUCCUUCAACACUAGCAUUAUUCGAAAACCAUCUCACGUGUGAGUGGUUUGUAUAGACGCCAUGGCAUCAGCCUCGCGGCCUGUCCAUCGAAGCCAUCGGAUCGCGGACCGUAGGAGCCAGCUUUAUCCAGGCAAUAACCUACAUCGAAUCUCAUCGAGAUCAAUUGUCCCUUGUUCUCUUCCGGCGACAGACUCUCCCGACCACAGCAUAACGCAGGAGACCAUUCCUCCUACGACUGGACCUAAAAAAACAAGGCUCCACGAGACACACCAGAGGUGCUCUAUCCAAGCCGACUACCAGAAGACAGCAUUUGACUGCUCACUGUCUUGCCAUCAGACGAGUUCCAAAGUCCUAGCAAGACUGAACUCCACCAGCACCAUGCUUCCGAAGCACCCAGAUACGAAGGUCUCUCUUACACGUGGGGUGACCCGCGGGAACAUCUCCUGAUCAGGUGCAAAAACCAGAAAGUCAGAAUUACGAGAACCUCCGAGAUACCCUGCGACGCGUUCGCGAUUCGACCAAGGCGAAGAUCAUCUGGGCUGAUGCUCUUUGUCUCAACUAGGACGAUGUUGAGGAGAAGAAUGUACACAUCCCAUUGAUGGGCCAAGUCUUCUCUAAAGCCACCAAUGUUGCCAUAUUUCUGGGCGAAGCAAGCUUCGAAGAGGCCAAUGCGACUCAGGCUGCUUUGACAUCCAUCAUCGCCUUCGUAGAACCGGACUUUAGCGCAACCUUGGACUUGAGCUUUUCGGAACGUAUCGCUCGGAAGAUGUCUAGCCUGGCAAACGUAAUUGAGAAAUUCUUCAGCUCGGCAUGGUUCAGUCGCGUUUGGUGCUUGCAGGAGAUA